AUGAGCAGCGUCCACAGUCUAUCGGCCGACGGGUGCUCCGACCAGUCCAGCAUGCCCCUCGUGACCGCGUCGUCGUACUCCAUGGCCUCGGAGAGGUUCCUCAUGGACCUUGUAGAGGGCCUGCUUCUAGAUCCCCUCUUGUGUUUCCGGCCCGGAGAAUACGUUUUCCGUCUAGUGACUGCUGCGCCAUCGCCGGUGCGAAGGGGCGAAUGCUUCCGUGAGUCAGCGAUUAUGGCCGUGUUCUCGUUGAGACCUCGGCGAGUCAUGGUCGAGCUGAUCCGGCACGAAGAAUUGGUGAAGUUGGGCCUGCCCACUUUCAACUGGCCGGAUCUGCCCGUGAAGAGGAGGGGGAUCUACGAUGAGAACGCCAUCGUGAGAGGUGAUACGAGAAGCCUCUCGAGGUGA